UUUUCUCAUUCCCAGAAAAACACUGUGUCAUUCAAGACAGCAGCUAACUUGUCAUGUUAUAACACUCGGAGAUUCCCACACACCACGUGAUAACGCCGUGUGGUGGUGACGUCAGCAGCAGUUCUCGACCCAGUUGUUCACAGCUAUCAGGUGCAGGAGGAACGAGCGUUAAUGUUUGCUGAAACUCUCUCUUUGACACAUUACAGGUUGUACUAGUAGCAGAGUGAACCUCCCCCCUCACCAUGUCCCAGGAUAAGAAUGGAUACCCUAUUAUGGGUGAGAACAACCCACUUCAUAACAAUGUCUAUGGACCCCCUCAGCCAGGGUUCGGCAUGCCCCCUCCCAACUAUAGCCAAGCCACAGGGGGGCCGUACCCACCAGCAGCGGACUACGGCCAGCCGGGCUUCCCCCCGGCAGGCCUGGGUUUCGCCCCUGGCCCCUACCCUCAGAUGCCCUACCCACAGGGACCCUACCCACAGGGACCCUACCCCCAGGGGCCUUAUCAGCAAGGACCAGCACAACCAGGCUUUGCCGGUGACCCCAUGGCAGCACCUGCAGGCAGUCCUGGUUACCACGGUGAUGGUCCUCCAACUUACUAUGACAAUGAAGAAUUCACCAACUCUGGAUUUGAGGACAAAACCAUCCGACAAGCCUUCAUCAGAAAGGUCUUCACGGUUCUCACGGUGCAGCUGCUGGUCACUUUCUCCUUUGUUGCCAUCUUCACCUUCGUUGCUGAGGCAAAGUACUUUGUGCGACGUAACCCAUGGACAUACUAUGUGUCCUACGUCGUCUUUAUCGUGUCCCUGAUUGUCCUCAGCUGUUGUGGAGACUUCCGCCGCAAGCACCCCUGGAACUUGAUUGCACUGUCCAUCCUGACACUGAGCCUCUCCUACAUGGUGGGCAUGAUCGCCAGCUUCUAUGACACAGAGACGGUCAUCAUGGCUGUGGGCAUCACUGCAGUGGUCUGCUUCACGGUCGUUCUCUUCUCACUACAGAGCAAGUAUGACUUCACUUCCUGUCGGGGCGUGCUGUUUGUGUGCCUGAUCGUGCUGUUGGUCUUCUCCAUCCUCUGCAUCUUCAUCCGCCACAGGAUCCUGGACAUCGUUUAUUCCUCACUGGGGGCCCUGCUCUUCACCUGCUUUUUGGCCGUGGACACUCAGCUCCUCCUGGGCAACAAGAAGCUGUCUCUGAGUCCAGAGGAAUACAUCUUUGCCGCCCUCAACCUCUACACUGACAUCAUCAACAUUUUCCUCUACAUCCUGGCUAUUGUUGGACGUUCCCGUGAAUGAUGCUGCACCUUAGAGAGAACAGGGAGGGAGAUAAAGAAUGCCACCUUUUUAUUGAGAAAUGUUACUAACAUACUAACUCCUUUAACUUUUUCGUCACUUUUUCCCAUAACACACUUCAUUUCCUCUCCUCACACCCACACUUUUUAAAAAGGUGUUGCAAUUAAUGUGAAAUCGAUCUCUCUUUUCGAGCACCAUUUGCUCUAACUCUCCUAUGCUUCUACUCACACUGAUCACCACAAUAUGGCUACAUUACCUUGUGACUCAGUUCCUACAGUGUAGAACAUGUUAUUCUGUGGAUGCAUGGCACUCCGCCUUGCCUUGCCUAGAGAUCAAACCAGCUUUGCUUGAAAACUAAUGAGUGCUAGAAGAACCUUUUUUUCAAUCUGUCUGAUUCCCCAAAAAAUGUCUCCCUUUGAGCCCGCUGAUGUUAAUUAACUCUGCAUGGCAACACUGGAAACAAAACUAAAGGUGUGUUAUGUUUUGUUAGAGCUAACAGAGGAAUAUCUCAAAAUAGCUUGUCACAGCUGUAAAUAGUUAAAUGUAUUAGUGUAUAUGAGGCCAGUACCCCUCCCCUCCAUACCCCUUUACCCCCUGCCCCUAAAUGACAUGCUGAAGUGAUUCCUUUGGAUUUGAACAUAACAGUAACUUAAAUAUUUAAAUGUCAAGAGAAUGAAGAUCGAUGUUGGAUGUAUAUAACUUACCAUGAACAUAAAACAGUAUUUAUAAACCUUAUAUUCUUACGGACACCUUUUCAAAAGGAAGGAGAAAUGUGUUUCAAGUUUUUAUUUCUAUGAUUCCUGAGCUGAUGCGUCCCAAUAUAUUUUUUUCUCUACAUUAAUGUGAAUUACAAAUGUAGUGCUGUAUUUUUUUUCUUCUCAUUAUACCUAAUGUGAACUUAAGUUGAAGUUUUAGAAUUUAAGCUAAUUCAGGUUUCGGAACUUCAUAACUAGCUAUUAUGAAGUAAAUGGACGUAUAACUUAUCUAUUUAUUGAGCUUGAUGUAGAAACCAGUGUUGAUUUGAAGGUUGCUUUAACCUGGUUUUGAGAAAAACAAAUUACAAUCUCGUUUGGAUUUACUUAAGGGGAUUGGGGAACCAUAAUAUAUAUAAGCUAAACAAAUCAACCUACACUGGAAGACAUACUACUCCUUGCACAUAAACACACACCACUUGUCUGAUAUAUUUAACAUGAACAUUUUUUUAUUCUAUAACUUCUCUUUUGAUUUUUCACCACUUGCAUGACCCUCUCCUCUCAUUUGCAUGUGCUGAUAAUGCACACUUUACAGGCAAUCCUGUUUAUGAGAGACACAGUGUUUUUAGGCAGCCCUGUUAAACUCUUUUUUUAAACUCUUGUGUUUGUAUCUAACUGACGUGUACGUGUACAAAGCACUCCUUAGUGGUUUGAUGUGUAUAGAUGAAGUGAUUUUUGGGCUUUGAAGUUCUGUUUUCAUUGUAUAUUUGCAUUAAAUCAAAGUGGAACUGCAUUCCUCUACACAGCUGUUAGCUUUUCAUUAAAACGUAUAAAAUGUAA